GCACGUUCGUCGCAUGCUCGCUCGUGCACCCGGUGUGCGCAGCGUCGAGGGCGGCGACCCGAGGGAGAAAUGAAACCUGCGACCGCACUGGCCGCAUCGGAAAUGGUUGACGGCGACAUGCCUACGUGCGCCCUGGUCGCGGUCGGCACAGUCCUUGUGCUCCUCACCAUUGCCGCCAUACGCCAGAAGAGGCGGCAACGAGUCGGCUGCGGCAAAGACAACGCCAAGAAAGCUUCAAGCAUCGACGAAAUCGAGAGAGAAGCUCACAGGUGCCGCCUGGACGUCCACGUCUCACGCGGGGCUCGAAUCGAGCGCCUUGCGGCGUCAUUCAAGUCGCGUUCUAGCGAACUGCUCAGCAGAGAGGCUGGAGACAGCAUGUGUUCUAGGGCAGGAAUCAAGAGGCAGGGCCCUCGAAACGCCACGAAUGCGAGCAGUGUUCCGAGUGCGAGCACGGCUGCCAAGGCGUCGCUGUUCCUCGGAGACCCGCCACGCGCCGCGCUGUCCUCGCCGCUCACGGGGUCGAAGGGUGCCGCGGUGUUCGGAGACCUGCUCUCGGCUUGCCACCAGCGCCUGCCCACCACGUUCGUCCAGCUCUUCGACGGCAUGGAAGCAGACCGCUUCACAAGCAUUGCCCGAGGACGGCUCUCGGAAGUGUUCCGCGUACACAGCUACAAGGGCGACAGUGUGCUCAAGCUCGUCAAGAUCGAUUCCGUGAUCAGCUCCUGGGACCACCUCUUCACUGAGACAUUGAUAGGCACAAAGCUCUCCGAUUUGCGGACGACAAAGCAGCACUACACGGAUGGCUUUCUCGAGAUCAAGAGCACGACGUGCGUAUUUGGCUCGUACCCCAGGGAACUGUGUGUCCGCGGCCGGAACGACAACAACCAGACCGACGAGCGAUGCCCCGGCAAAGCACACACAGAGAGCCCGUACCUGGCCGUGCACAUGUCGUACGGGGGAGUUCCACUUCACCGGAUCCAGUUGGACAGCGCACGCCAGCUGUUGAGUGUGCUCCAGCAGGUGGCACUGGCGUUGGCUGUUGCCGAGGAGGCGCUCCAGUUCGAACACCGCAAUCUACACGCGGGUCACGUGCUGGUCAAGAAGACGCACGACGACACCUGCCGCUUCCGUGUCGGAGGCCGUAACAUCGUGGUCAACACGCGAGGCCUCAGAGCGCACGUGAUCGGAUACGGACUGGCUCGCAUGACAGACGCAGGGAACGGGCCCCUCUAUACAAAGCCUUCUAAUAUAUACGAGACUUCGAAAGACCACGGUCUUCUCUUCGUCUACAGACACAUGGUAACCAUUACAAGAGACGAGUGGGGCGGCUUCCACCCGAUGACCAACGUGCUGUACGUGCUGCACCUGGCCGAGCAGCUGCACCAGCGGUACCGGCGCCGGUUCGGCGACGACGACCCGCAGCCCGCCUGGACUGAAGUGGACCGCUGGCGGGAUCGCCUGCCGCACUACGCCUCGCUCUGCCUGUUCGUGGAGGACCAUUUCAAGACCGGGCCGUGACGCCUUGCGAGCUAUUCUCGAACGCGUAAUGAUAAAUGUGCCACGGACGAACAACCGCAGCAGUGAAUCGAAAUAUAAUCUUAGCUCUUGGAUGUCGGUUGCAAAUGGAACAACUGCAAGCAGCAGCAACAGAGGAAGCUAAAGCACAGUCAAUCUUAACACCUGCAAUAGUACGUAGCGAGCGGACACCGCUUUGCCUUUGAACGCGCUUACUGAGCGACUAGUUAAGACAAAGAGUUGUUCAAAAUGCUUUGCAGUGGUGAUCGUUGAUACAUACAGAUAAUACGUCUUUCACUAGGGUUUCUGAUCAAGAAAGCCAGGGUAAUUAUAAUAGAGCUUAUGUCAUUAUCUUGGUGUAAAAAUGCCAGCAUAUGCAAAGCGUAAUUAAUCAUAAAAUACUUGAAAUGUAUCUAAAAUGGUUUUUCACGUGGAUAAAAGCAUGUAGAACAGGAUGAAAAGAAACAGAAAUGCGCAUACAGGACAAAUUGAACACGAAACAGACAGUCAGUAGAGUUCUUUGUAAUAGCUUAGCGUACAGGUAGGUUAAAAAUUUAUAACACCAAAUAUUUCGUUCGUUUCUUCUAUUUAUUGCUAUUGUACAAGUUAGUUUCAGGUCUGCGCGCUUACGUGUAAUACAACGUGUUGCGACUGAUUUUCUUCAGCAAUAACUAUAACGAACAAAGAGUUGUGCGGGACAUUUCAGCGUUU